AUGAUGCAUCAGCAGCUUUAUCCGGAGCACGGCCAGUCCCACCCGGUAUUCGGAAACAAUGCGCCAAAUAGCGAUGCCGCAACCGCCAUGGCACGGUCGGUGAAGAGGCAUGCGGCGUGUGACGAGUGUAGAAACCGCAAGCUGAAAUGCUCGGGGGAGCUAACCGGCUGCACUCGCUGCAUCAAACAAGGUCUCCUUUGCCACUAUUCAGUACAGAAACAGAUGGGACGCCCCCCAAAGAAACGGCUGCGAGAGGAUGACGAUCUACCUUCUUUUGGCCUGCCAUGCAAUGGGCCCUGGACCAGCGACUCAGACUUGACCUCCCUCGGAUCAUCAGCCUUUGGAACAACCGAAAACACGCCGUCGAACUCUACAUCCCAGACCAGUCCUCAUAUCUUCUUCGCGGAUGGGAACGACAACCAUGCGGGGCAGUUCUUCCUCAAUAAGCCCAUAGACACAAUCCCUACGACAGCUAGCCUAUGGCCAGACUUUUCCAAUGUAUCGUCUUCAUCCGCCAACCUAUUCACACCACCGCCCGACUUGUCCCAGAUGCAGUUCCCUCCUACCUCCUCCCCGGACUCGGAUUCGUCCGACCGCCAAUGCCCCUGUCUAUCCUGUCUAUAUCUUUGUCUCAGCCACCUUUCAUCCCUUGCGCCGUUUCCAGUCUCCCAUCAUACCCUAUGUUCCUUAUACAUUGGGGCUAGAACUGCCCAGGCAGUCAUCCGCUGUCAAAUAUGUCCAAUGCGCUUCACGACAGGCAUGCAGAACGUCACCUUUACGGGGACCUUGUUGACUGUCAUUGCCGAUACCUGGCUAAAGGUUGCCAAAGCCAAUGCUAUGGACCUUGGCCGACAGGCGACACCGCCUGCCUACGCAGCGGUAAUAGAUGGCUCAUCGGAUCCCAUGAAAGGCUGGAAGGACUGGCUGCGGCAAACCGUGCGACACGGUGUUAUAGGUGGACCAUAUGACCAGGCCGGUAUUCCCACAUGCGCAGAAACCGCCAGUCUUCUGUCUCUCAUUGAAGAAAUGGAAGCACGUCAACGACGAUGGCAUCGAUCACACCCGCUGCCAGUGGAAGAACGCCAUCUCCCCGUGCCCGAACUAGGCUCUUCAUCCGAGGAGGAAUCGUGCCACGAGCGGGACGCCCUCUGUAUGCGCAUUAUUCGAAGUGCGCGCGAUGUCAUCGCCAAGUUUAAUUUCGAGCCAUCUGAUUAUCCGGACACUCCAGAAUCUACGUAG